CCACCAUCUGACUUCCAGGCACCGCAUCACUGCCACUACCAUUAUAUUUGCAGGCAAUAGUAGAGAGAUCCUCCUAUUGCACACUUUCCCGAUCUACUAUGGCUCCUCCAGAGGUUCACCACCUGUUCCACCACCCCAUUGCGGACCACUCCUUCUCCGCAGAUCGCGGGACGCUGGCCGUUGCCCGCGAGAACAACGUCGAGCUCUAUGGCAAGACAGGCGGCAAGUUCCAGUUGAAAGACGAGCUACGAGGCCAUGACAAGACCGUGACCGGAGUGGAUAUCGCUCCCAACAGCGGAAAGAUUGUCACUUGCUCGCAAGAUCGUAAUGCCUACGUUUGGGAGCCAUCUCCCCAGGGCUGGAAGCCUACUCUUGUUCUCCUCCGUAUCAAUCGCGCCGCUACCUGUGUUCGCUGGGCACCCUCCGAGACCAAGUUCGCCGUAGGCUCCGGAGCUCGUCUGAUACCUGUCUGCUACUUCGAAGAGGAGGAUAACUGGUGGGUGUCUAAGCAUCUCAAGAAGCCUAUUCGGAGCACCAUCACUACGGUGGCGUGGCACCCCAACUCGGUGCUUCUGGCUGCGGGAUCAACGGACGGACAUGCUCGAGUCUUCUCAAGUUUCAUCAAAGGUGUGGACGCGCGGCCGGAACCGUCGCCAUGGGGAGAGCGAUUACCGUUUAAUACCGUUUGUGGCGAGUACCUGAACAACACAGCUGGUUGGGUACACAGUGUUGCGUUUUCUCCUAGCGGAGACGCUUUGGCAUUCGCAGCACAUGACAGCACCGUCACUGUCGUUUACCCUAGCGCAGCGGACCAGCCUCCAAAGGCCGUCUUGAGCAUCAGCACUCAAGUCUUGCCUUUCAUGAGCUUGAUCUGGAGCAGUGAAAGCGAGAUUAUUGCUGCAGGUUAUGACUGCGAAGCCUACCGACUCCAGGGCAGUGAGCAAGGCUGGCAGCUAGCUGGAUCUUUGGAAGCAGCAAAAGGGCGCCCGGGACUCCAGGAUCAGCGGGAGGAAUCUGCCUUGAACAUGUUCCGGCAGAUGGACCUGAAGGGCAAGUCUUCGGACGACACCAAGCUUAAGACAGUUCAUCAGAACACUAUCAGCACAAUUCGCAGCUAUGAGGAGAGCGGAGGAGUCGUCAAGAAGCUCAGCACCACUGGUGUUGACGGGAGAGCUGUUAUCUGGACUCUAUAGAUAGGGUUUUGAGAGCCUAAGGUGGCUUAGUGACUUGAUCCUCAUUCGAGUCAUGAAAAUGGACCGGGAACCUUUACACAGCCACACAGAGAGGUGUACAUAGAUCUUGGACAAGGCAUUUUAGGUAGAAAUCAAAG